GAAAAAGUGGCAGUUCUGAUACAUAGGAAGAGACCCAAUCAUCCCAACCUUCAUUGUUGGUCUCUUUACUCUUUUUUUGUCAGCUACGGAUCAGGAUCUGGAAAAAGUAUUCGGUAGACCCAAUAUUAGUACAAAUUCAUCUCUAACUUCACUUGAGCUUCAUGACUUCUAUCAGACUUUGAAAAAAAUCGUGUGGGUACUUAGGAUUACAUAUAUUGUUAAGCGACAACACAAAAAAUCAUUUGCCACAUGCUUUUGCAUAGUAAAGGAUGGUUUAGCUAUGACUAGUGCUCAUAUUCUUCCCAAGGGUUGUAGCAUUUUUGCCCGUAGGCAAGAUGAAAAUGAUUUCCCUUAUGAGGUUGAUAUACUUCAUCAUAAACUAAAUUGGGAUAUUGCAUUAUUACAUAUUAAAGGUGUUCAUGACUCUUGUUAUGGAAGGCUUGCUAGAGACAGGUCACUAAAUGUGGCUCAAAUGUUACUGUAUAUUCAUCCCUAUAGUUUUGUAGGAUCCUUUUUGGUUGGUAAGGUUGCAUUUCAAUGCGUGGAUGAUGUAGUUCUACCCACCGGCACUCAAACAUGUCAAACUUAUCUAUCGACUGCCCUCCAAUCCAUACCUCGAUAUCGAAUUAUCGGAGAUGUUUGGAACUCUCAUGUGUUUGAAAAUUUUGAAACUAAUGUAAAAUGGACUUUUGAAAAGAGUCUUCACCCGUUAGUUCCUCUUAUUCAAAUUUAUGGGUUUGUUUUUGGAGAGAGUUCUUCAGGAGGUCCAGUUUUUAAUACUGAAGGCGAAAUUAUGGGGAUGUUAUCAAUGGGUUCUGGUGGGUUUGACAUUGCCAUUCAUGUUAGCUUGUUGAGACAAGUCAUGAGAGAAAAAGAAGAACAUCUCAACAUUGAAACCUUGGAAAGGAAAGAUACUCGAAUUCCCGGCAACAAGGAGGGUAGAGUAAACAGGCUCAAAGAGCAUUCAACUAAACCAAGAGGGGAUAGGUUUGGAAGGGAUAAAGCAUCUCAUUCUCAGGUAUAAAUUUUUCUGGAUAAAAAUUUUUAGGAUAACAAUUUUCUAUAUUAUUAUGUCAUUAUUCUUAUAGAUAAAUUUUCCUUUUGUUGUUCAAGGUAGGGAAAUUCAGAGUAGGCUAGUGAAUGAGAGUUUAUUCAACAAUCAGCAUUUGCAUGGUGCUUUGCUUCGUACAUUUUACUUUGAUUUUGCAUGAUUUUCCACUUUUCCUUUUUUUUUUUUUUGCUUAUUCAUAUAUUUUUAUUUUACAAUUAGGUGUGAGGUUAUAUCAACAUAAUGAAAUCAAAACAUGAAAAGUGGGUCGAUAGAAGGCUUUGUUAAGUUAACUUGAGAUAAAAUAAGGCUUUGUUAAGUUAGGGUUUGUUUAAGUUUUCUAAAUUUGAUUUGAAACCAGUCUUGUGGAAUUAAGGGGAGAUGUAACUUUAUCUGUAUGUUUUAUAGUUUGUUAUAUAACAACUAGUUGUG